AUGCUCUCGACCUCGCCGCACUGCGCCGCGUCGGGCGUCGGUGGCCUGCCAUUACCGCAGUUGAAGCGCAAACGCUCUGAUUCUAGCGAUUCCGCCUCCGCUCGAGAUGCCCCGGUCGCAACCAAGCUGCGCGCCGACGAUGCGCCCUCAAAACCCGUCAGCUUUCAGCAAGACCCUUCGCUACCUGCUACCAGCGCCGUGACGGUGUCGCACCCAGCUGGGACGGACGGUCGCGCCCAGCCGAUCUCGGAGUUGUCGCAUUCGUCGCAUUCUGGUCAAAGCGCGACUACAAAUACCUCGGAGAUAACGAAGCAGAACGGCACUUCCCCAAAGAUCGACGCGGACUCGCUGCGCGAGACCCUUGAAGCGCAGCUGAGUCUGGAGGUGUUGUUGAAGCACAAUGAGCUGAGGCUGAUUGAUCAAGAGAUUGCCAAGUGCCAGGUUGCACUGGAGCAACUCCGUCGAUGUGCCGAAAUACCGUAUCCGGGAUCCAGUGUGGCAGGCUAUUCGCAGUCGGUCAGCAAUGGUACGGGUGCUGCGGUCUGGGCUCCUGAAAAUGGGCCUGCGCCGCAGUCGCCCGCGCCAUGGGGUGUCGUGGAGGGUCCUUACUCUCGCCACUACUCUAGAUGGCUACUACCUGAUCCUCGAUUCGACGGUGGCGAAGUUGAACCCGAGACUCCUCUAAGUGGGCUGCCUCUGAUGGAAGGCCGCACGACGCGGGGGAGUUCGGGCGAUUUGGGCUCGCUGGCUGGCAAGACACGACCUCAGCGUGGCUCGGCAAGUGCUAAGCUCCAGGCUCUGCCUAACGGUUACCCAGCGCCUAAAGACAAGGCGGGUCCCAUGCUUAUUCGACGAAAGUCGGAUAAUGUACUCGUCAAGCUGGUAUGUCUGGACUGCGGUCGGGACAAUUUCUCCAGCACUCAAGGAUUCAUCAACCAUUGUCGCAUUGCACAUAGUCGGAAUUACACCAGCCAUGAUGCAGCGGCAAUGGAGUCUGGCAAGCCCGUUGAAGUCGACGAGGCUGGUGCCGUUGUUGGCGGCCGGGUGGAGAGCGUCAGUGCAGCAGGCACAGGCGGGUUCGUCCACCCGCUGAUCCGGACUGCACAUGGCAUUGAGCCGUCAUCCAAGACACCGUCCUCUGCGUCUGAAGCGGCGGGCGAUAACGCAACUCCCCGGAAGCGAUCCUGCCCGAGCCGACGGGCAUCGACCGGGGUGGAAACUCCUCGUGCGGCUGCCCGUCCCCAGUUGGAAAAUCGCCGCGGCACACCUGUUGCCGCUGCCGCUGCCGCUUCAAGUCAUACUUCGUUCCUGGGCUCGCCCGCCACCCCUCACCUGUCGUCUCUCAUGCAGUCCCGGGGCGUGGGGCUCGACCUUGAUCGGUUGGUCGGGGAGGCAAAGACGACGGUGGAUCUUGACGAGUACUCUUCGGACGAGGGCGAGUCAGACAGCGAGUCUGUAGCACCACCGGAAGCGAUGAGUCACGAGCAGAAGGCGGCUGCAGUCCGUGCGGGCAGGCAACCCAUGCGGACCACGGCCUCGCAGACUGCGCCCCAGCGCCCGGGCAGCCGCAAGGGGCUCGAUAAAACGAGUCACAAACCUUUUUCCCUUGAGUCAUUAACCCCGACCAAACCUGUUCCCUACCAAUCCCCCUAUGGAGCGGUGUCCCGGCUGCCGCAGCUGGACGGGCUGCGAGAGAUGGACGGGACGGAGCCUUCGUCCAACCUCAGCCCAAACACAAUCGAAUCAAACCAGGCGCCGAGUCUCGUCAGCGAUGACGACGAUUAUGAAGCGGCUUCGGAUUCGGAGAGUCCUGGGCCUAGCUCGUCAGAGGCGGGCGAUGCGGAGGAGGAUUUCGGUCAUAUUGGAGUGGAGGACGACGAGGACAGUACGACGUCCACGACGGCGCCGGAGGCCAAGUCGGACAUGGGCAUGUUCCGGCGCCGGAAUAAGAAGAAGAAAGAAGGGGUCAUAAUUAUCCCAAACAAUCAAUCACAACCAUUCAUUCAUCCAUCAUCCAUCUAUCCAUCUUAUCUCCCAACCAACCACCAAAUAAACUCUACAAUGGACCUCCACCUCCAAUCCAUAUCCCCCCAAACCUUCCAGCAUUUGCUAGAAGCCUACCCCCAAACAGUGAAAUCUCUCGCCCGCCGCAAAGCCAGCGCCAGGAUCAAGCGCAAACCAGCAGCGGCAGCAGCCCCAAAAUCGAAGCAGAAAUCAUCCUGGACAUCUACAGGCGCGCUAUCAGCAGCACAAGAAGGGUAUAUCCGCACUGAAGCGGAUGAGUUCUUGUCGCUUGAUGGGUUCCGGUAUGAGGGGUUACCGGGGGUAGUGGCUGCGAGGGCGAAGGGGAAGAAGGAUGAUGGGUAUGAAUGUGGGUAUUUGGAGAAGGAGGAGUUGGUGAGGUUGGUGGAAUGGAAGAUGAAACAUGGUACUUUUCGCCCCGCAUUACUGGGCUUGAUACGUUCGAAUUCGGAGGCUGUAGUCAAAAGUGCUACGGGGGAGGCGUUUAGAGCACUUAAUAAGGAAGGUGAUGAGUUUCCAAAGGAAGCAUUAGAUAUUCUCACGAAGGCGUUACGAGGCGUGGGAGUGGCUACGGCUUCUUUGGUGUUGUCGCUUGCUUCGACUGCUGAUGUACCGUUCUAUAGCGAUGAUGUGUAUUUGUGGGUUUGUAUGGAGGAGGUUCCUACUUCUGCUGACACUGCAGAUAGACUCAAAAGAGGGGUUUAUAAACGGUUGAAUGGCGAGUUGAAUGUCAAGUAUACGAUGGGGGAGUAUCGGGGGUUAUGGGAGGGGGUGAAGAAGUUGAGGGAGAGAUUGGGUCAUCAGUCAGAAGGAACAGUGAAAGGAGUGUCUGGGUUGGAGGUGGAAAAGGUGGCGUUGGUGGUGAGGCAUUAUACUUUGUUGGGAGGUGGUCAUAGUGAUGAUGUUGAUAAGAAGGUAUCAGAGGGAAAGAAGGUGGAGGAAGAGGAAGGAGAGGAAACGAAAAGGGAAAAGAGAAAAUUGGAGGAUGAACAGCCAACCGAAGGCAGACGGAGAAGCAAGAGAUUGGACAGUCGCAGGAUCAAUCCUGCUUGAUUAACGGAGUAUCAUUGAAUGAGGUUGAAAUGAUGGUGGUGAUAGUGGGAGAUUAGGAUCCAGUCGCCAUCAGCUGCUCCAUUGACGUGCAUGAGAUACGUCGUCUAGUUCGGGCUCGGCACAAAUCGCCAUUUUGGGUCAUUUAUGCCAAAACUAGAUGAGCUAGGGAAUCUAUAUUUACUUCUUGGUAGAUGAAAUCAUUUAAGCAAGAAUUGAUGAACCAAAUUGCAUAGC